GACACGCAUCACAUCAACUAGAGAGCAGCAACACAUCAGGACACACACAGCUCUCAUUUGUCGCUUUACAGCAGAACAGAGUGAUCUGGAACAACAUGGGCAACGUGCAGCCCACCAUUGUCCCAUAUGAGGACUUCGAUGUCACAGCUGAUAUCAAGGCUAUCAGAAAAGCGUGUAAAGGUUUGGGCACCGAUGAAGAGGUCAUUAUUCAGAUCUUGGCCAAUCGCUCUGCAGCUCAGCGUCUGGAGAUCAAAAAUGCCUACUUCGAGAAGUAUGAUGACGAGUUGGAGGAGGUCCUAAAGAAGGAGCUGACAGGUAGUUUUGAGAAAGCCACUGUGGCGAUGUUGGAGCCUCCUCAUAUCUACUACGCCAAGGAGCUGAGGAAGGCCAUGAAGGGGGCGGGCACAGAUGAAGAUGUGCUCGUAGAGAUCCUGUGCACAGCCACCAAUCAGGACAUCUUGUGCUACAAGGACACUUAUGCACAGGUGCAUGAGCGUGAACUAGAGGCAGACAUUGAGGAUGACACCAGUGGAGACGUGAGGAACCUGCUGAUGUCACUGCUGCAGGCGAGCAGAGACGAGGGCUAUGAAGUGGAUGAGGAUUUAGCCGAACAGGAUGCCACAUCUUUGUUUGAGGCAGGAGAAGGCAGAUUUGGCACAGAUGAGUCCACCUUCACUUUCAUCCUGACACACAGAAACUACCUGCAACUUCAGGCCACCUUUAAGAUCUAUGAGUCGCUUUCAGGAACAGACAUUUUGGACACCAUUAACUCUGAAGCAACAGGGACUCUCAAGGACUGCUACAUUACACUGGUCAGGUGUGCCAAGAACCCGCAGCUGUAUUUCGCCCGACGCCUUAAUUCCGCCAUGAAGGGAGUGGGCACUGAUGAAGACACCCUCAUUAGGAUCAUCGUAGGCCGCUCUGAGAUCGACAUGGAGACAGUGAAGGACAUGUACCUGGAAAAAUACGAUGUCACUCUGAAAGAGGCUCUGGAUUCAGAGUGUGGGGGGGACUUCAAACGCCUCCUCAUCGAGAUCCUGCACUAAAACUUCCUCGCCUUCUUCCUACAGGCCUUAUUUAACUGAAGUGACAUACGUAGUCUUACCUCUCUCAUCCUUCCUCCUCUUCUUUAUACUCAUUUUUACUAGUCUUACUCAUUCCCUUCGUGGAUGUCUUUCUCACAGUCAGUUCUCAUUGCAGCAUGGACCAAAAAACAACUCAUUAUUAUACAGUGUUUUACAAAUGAUUAACUUACAUUUAAAGUCUUUGAAUACAUUGUUUUCCAAGAACAUUACACUCAGUGGGAAUUCACUGUUUUAAUCCAACAUAUAAUGAAGGUUAUUCCUUUAAUAAUAUUAUGGUAGCAUUGUUGAACGUAUGUGAAACUUGUGCCGCUGAGCAUCGUUUUAAUAUAUUUAUCCAAAUGAUUAGUGUUAGUCAAGCGCUUUAUUCACAAUUAACAGAUUCGUAGUCGUUUUAUGUUGUAGUUCACCAUCUCAAGCGUAUCCCAAAGCUGUAAACAUGAAAAGGCUGCUGCUUCUCGACAUAAACUAUGUGACCUCUUGUAUUUACACCUUACUCAUUUCUCUCAUCAUCAACCAUUAACUUAACUACCAUUCGCCUCAAAGAUGCCUUUCAUAAGAUGAUAGCGAUGCAAUUUACUUUUUGCUGCAACACGCAACACUUAAGUGCCGAAUUAUCACGUUUGAUCUCUGAUAUCUGUAUACACUAGAGAGUAAUUAUACAUUAAUAUAUUACUGAUAUCAAAAGCUUACACUCUUUUUAAGUAUGCGGUAUUUGGGUUUUUGUAGCCACGUCCCUAAAUGUCAUGUGGGAAUUUUAACUGUUUGUAUGCUUAUUUUUAUUCACAGCUAACAUGCUGCCUCUCAAAUUUACACACUUUAUUAGAAUUUAUUUAGAUUUAUAGUCCUACAUAAUAAUUGUGUAAACUUAGAGAUGACUGUGCAUUUAACAUCAUUCGAUGAUGAUAAUAACAUUUAAAAAGAGAUGUGUUUUGCUCUGUAACCCCUGUAGUACAGCCGCUGAGAAUGGACACAGUCUGCAUCCAUGUAUGGAAUUAUAUCAUAACUACUGUUAUUUAAACUCAAGAUUACAGUAAUGUAUAUGACUGGCAUAUAUAGUUGUAUUGUCAUAUAGCAAAUGAGUACAGUCAAUUCUGAAUUAAGUCAUUGUUAACCUGUUGUAAUGGCAUUAAAAAGAAUGUGGCAUACAUAUGCAGUGAUAAUACAUUUUAACUUGAGCAAAAAAAGACGAUUCUCUUUAUAUCCUGUAGAGGGCAGUAUUUCACCACAAGCAGUAUUGUGUAUUGUGCAUUUCAGGAAGAAAUGCCAGUUGAUGAAAUCAUA